GCUUUGGAUCUCGAUCCCUGCCUGUAUCUUCCGUGAGAGGGUGUGUGUGUGUGUGUGUGUGUGUUUGGAAUUCGGGCAGAGCUCAGCGCUGCACACGGACGGAAGUUUCGAGGCUGAAUUUGUGUUGUUUCUCGGAGAGGUCGAACAAAAAGGUUUGGACAUUUGGCUUUGAUUGAGCCGACGCCUCAAUGAUGGCAAUGCAAAUGGGUGAGCGUGAUGGUGUGGUGAAGGUUACAGAGUGGCAGAAAACGUAUUAUACGGCAGAUUCAGGCAUCCAGUCAGGAGCCACCACAGUGCGUACAGACAAUGAAGGGCCGGAAUACAGCAAGUCCUACACCUUCACCUCCACUGUUAACGAGCACCCUGCAGACCUGGACUCUCAGUACACCAUGACCCGGGCUCAGCGCGUGAGGCAGGCCAUGUUCCCCGAGACCAUGGUGGAGGGGACGACCAUUUUGUCCACCCAGAUGGAAUCGUCCCAGCAGACCAACGUCCAGAAGCUGGCCGAGCCUUCACAAAUGCUCAAGACGGCCAUCAUUCACCUGAUUAACUACCAGGACGAUGCAGAGCUCGCGACCCGCGCCGUUCCUGAACUCACCAAGCUCCUCAAUGAUGAUGACCAGGUGGUGGUGAACAAAGCAGCGCAGAUAGUGAACCAGCUGACUCGGAAAGAGGCGUCCCGGCGUGCCCUGAUGCAGUCUCCUCAGAUGGUGGCGGCUGUGGUGAGGGCCAUGCAGAACACCAACGACAUGGAGACGGCUCGCGCCACCGCCAGCAUCCUACACAACUUGUCGCACCAGCGCGAGGGCCUACUGGCCAUCUUCAAAUCGGGAGGAAUUCCCGCGUUGGUGCGCAUGCUCAGCUCUCCUUUGGAGCCUGUGUUGUUCUACGCCAUCACCACGCUCCACAACCUGCUUCUGCACCAGGAGGGGGCCAAGAUGGCCGUACGUCUGGCUGAUGGUCUGCAGAGAAUGGUGCCGCUGCUGAAGAAGAGCAACCAGAAGUUUCUGGCCAUUACAACAGAUUGCCUUCAACUUCUCUCUUAUGGCAACCAGGAGAGCAAGUUGAUCAUCCUUGCUAAUGGAGGCCCCGAGGCCCUGGUGCAGAUAAUGGCGAACUACUCCUACGAGAGGUUGCUCUGGACCACCAGCCGUGUGCUGAAAGUGCUGUCAGUGUGUCCUAGCAACAAGCCGGCCAUCGUGGAAGCCGGUGGAAUGCGUUGUCUGGGGAAGCACCUGACUGGCUCAAGCCAGCGGCUGACACAAAACUGCCUGUGGACUCUGAGAAACCUUUCUGAUGCUGCCACCAAACAGGACGGCCUGGAAGGACUGCUGGCGCUGUUGAUCGACCUCCUUGCCACAGACGACCUGAACAUGCUGGCUUGCGUCUCGGGCACGCUGUCGAAUCUGACGUGCAAUAACGCCCGCAACAAGACCUUUGUGGGCCAGAACAACGGCGUGGAGGCUCUGAUCCACACGCUGGUCCGCGCCGGAAACAAGGAGGACGUGGCCGAGCCUGCCACCUGCGCCCUGCGCCACCUCACCAGCCGCCACCAAGAUGCCGAGCUGGCGCAGAACGCCGUGCGCGAACACUACGGCAUCCCGCCCAUCAUCAAACUGCUCAACAAGCCGCACUACUGGCCCGUUGUCAAGGCUGUGGUGGGUCUAAUCCGUAACCUGGCGCUGUGCCCGGCCAAUCAGGCUCCUCUCCGAGACGCCGACGCCAUUCCCAAACUCGUCAAUCUGCUGAAAAAUGCCCACCAGGAUGCUCAGAAGCACGGCUCCUCCAACCAGCAGACUUACCAGGAUGGGGUGAGAAUGGAGGAGAUUGUAGAAGGCUGCACAGGAGCGCUUCAUAUCCUGGCCAGAGAUCGCACGAACCGAGCCAUGAUCACCGACAUGAACACCAUUCCACUGUUCGUGCAGUUGCUCUACUCUCCUGGCGAUAACAUCAAGCGGGUGGCCACUGGUGUGCUCUGUGAACUGGCUGUGGAUAAAAACGCAGCUGCCAUAAUUGAUAACGAGGGUGCCUCCAGCCCGCUUAUGGAUCUGCUGCACUCCAACAACGAGGGCAUCGCAACGUAUUCGGCUGCCGUGCUCUUCCGCAUCUCAGAGGACAAAAACGCAGACUACAGGAAGCGCAUGUCCGUGGAGCUCACGCACUCGCUGUUCAAGCACGACCCGGCCGCGUGGGAAUCGGCUCAGAGUACGAUGAUGGAUCCUGGAUAUAUACCCGAUGAUAUUGAGCCUCGCUUUGUCGGUGGCGGGUAUGGAUAUGAUCACAUGCAAACGGAGCUUGACAUGGCUGAUGAUUACCCACAGGCCUAUGACUCAAUGGCCAGAGGCUACAAUGAUGCUUGCUAACAGAAUUCUAAAUUUUCCCAGAUGAGCACUAACGGAGGAAACGCUUCACUUUGGAAGAGUUGCCUUGCAGAGCGGCAGCGUGGUUCCGCACACACACUACUGUACCAUAUGCAACGAUCACUGUGCUGUGAGGGGGAAGACCCACAUAUUACUCAACACUGCCUUUCUCAUGGAAACACACCUUCUCUUACCUUUUUGUUUUUGUAGAAAAUGUAUUUUAGGGCUUAUCGGGGGUUUGGAAAGUCGUUAGACGAAGAGGACUGGUAAUCUACCAAAGAGAUUUUAUCGGGACACGGUUGUCCAUUACACUUUUUUUUUUUUUUUACACAAAUAUGCACACACACGUGAUGGUGGGAAAAAAAGCACAGAGACGGAAAAGCGAAUCUCUGGUCCCCUUUAAAGCUUCAAAUGGGUUUCAGUGGGACAUCAAUUUACAGCACGUCUGCUUGUGAUUAUUAACUCGAGCUUUUUAUAGUUUGUGCCAUAAUAAUGGACGUGUAAACUCUAAUCUAUUUCCUGCAAUCAGUCCCGUGUAAACAGUAGCAGCUUUAAGCUUUUUUUCUGCAGAGCAACUACAACUUCAAAUCAUCGUACUUUAUAAAUAGUUUUCAGGACGUUCCUGUUCUUUUGUUAUUGAUUUACAGCGUCAUGUUUAUAACUUGCCUUCUAAUAGAUUCACGUUCUUAUAACACUACGGAGCGGUGGGUUCUGCACGGCAGGCUGCAGGGUUCCAGACCAGAGUCCUUUUUUUUUUUGCCCCUGCGUUAAUUUUAGAUUUCUGUUUUUUCUGAUUAAAAAGGAGUCGAACCCGAACGCUGGAUGUGCGACGGUUGUCUUUAUAGUGUUUCUACUUACAACCUACUUUAUAACAAAAAAAACUACAAAAUAAACAAAUAACUGAUGAA